GUAUCAAACACUCUAUUCUCUCUCUCUCUCUCUCUGUUGCCUUCCAACAUGUCUAGAGGUCUUCGAUCUUUCAGUUCUUGUUUACUUGCUCUGUUACUUGGUUCUUAUUUUUUCUUAGCGAUCGAAGCUCGUCCUUUCAACAUCUUGAAGUCUCACAGCUCGGCUGCUGCCGGAAACAUUGAACGGUUUUUUGAUGGAUUAUCUCUCGGUGCCAUCAAACAAGGUCCCAGCCCAGGUGCGGGACACAAAGUUACCGACCAUCGGACACUCGGAAAAAUUAUGGACUCCGGUCCAAGCCCUGGCGGAGGGCACAAGUAAUUAGUCACUGGCACACACCAGUGACUCACAUUUGUUUACAAAUUACGUGAAAUCCAUCGUCACAUUUAUCCGUUUCUCUUUCAGUUGUUGCUGUUGAUUCUUUAGAAGGUUCGUUCUGCACUGUGUUGGUCUUAAUUCGCUAGAAUGGAAAAUGGAAAAGACUAUCGUUCUUUAUUCUAC